AUGGCAGCUUUUUUUCGCCUCUUCGGCCAACGGCACUCCCCGAGAAGAAGUAGUCUGGAAGAUGUAGCAGCCGUAUCUCCAUGUGAGAGGGAGUUACUGACUCACGGGAAACCUCAACUGGCUGCAGCGCAGCCCGCUGCUGCAUGCUCUCACAUUUCCGCAGAGGCCGAGGAGACGCCAGCAUCAUGGGGUUGCACACAGUCAGUGCUCGCAGGGCUUGCUAUUAGUGUGUGUUUGGCGCUUUUCUGGACCUUGCCGCUGAAAGAUGCGCUCCGUUAUGUUGUGGAGUGCCAAAAGAAUAGCCCAGCUACAUACGUGUUCACUUACAUCAUCGCUGGACUGCUCGUCCCCGCUCCGCUGCUUUCAGUUUUGGCAGGGGUUUUGAUGGGCCCUUCACCUCUGGCUGCGUUUGUGAUUCUCUGUGGGAGUUUGGGUUCCGCCUGCCUAGCCUUUGCUCUAUCGCGUUUCUUGCUACGGCAGUUUGUUGUCCGUCGGUUUGUGCGUCGCAGCAAACAGCUCCAAGCCAUUGAGUUAGCUUUGCAGAAAGACUCUGUGAAGCUUGUGCUGUGCGCACGAAUGAUAUUACCAUUUACUUUCAACAAUUAUUUCCUGGGAACAACCCCUAUAUCGGCCACGACGUUCGCCCUAUCUACGGCCUUGACAGGCAUUCCCUUCGCCGUCUUGUAUGCAAUAAUCGGAGGAGAGCUACAAAGCCUAGACAGCGCAUUGGCUGCGAAGUCUUUUUCUCUUCAAGGGGCUGAAGUCAACGUUUUUGGGAUAUGCACGGUGUCGAAGAAGCACUUAGAGCUCGCCGGCAUAUGUGCCGGAAUUUGUUUGUGCUUUUUUGUGGUGCGGACGAUUAAGCAGUUCGCCUCUCGGGUGAUUGCAGAGGCGCAACCCGAGUCAAGAGGAUAG